GUCCGCCCAUUGGCCAAUUGGCUGAUAUGCCGAUUGGGCCAGCCUUGCGACGGGGACCAGAGAGCUGCUCGUCCCUCAAACCCUCGGAUCGGGCCACACUGAUGUAUAUAAGCCAAAGUGCCCCAGCCCUGCUGCUGGUGUUGGACAAGGAGACGCGGCCACUGCCUACCACAAGGAGGACUUAGCACUCCCAGCUCCGUACAGUCGCACAAGCAGACGGGCGCUUCUCCCCCACGUCAUCAUUCCAGCCGCGUUUCACGGCACAGGCGCCCGACAUGAGGUGGUCAGCCUUCUUUACAGCCAGCUUGGCUUCGGCCGCUGCUGUUCAGCAACAACAACACCAUAGGAGAGCCUGCUCCCCAGCACCGCCAUGCACAGAUGUCGCCUGCGUCCAGAAUGCCACAAACUUUGCCUUUGUCUAUGGCGCUCCCCUGUACGCGGCAGGCACUUUUGUUCGUGCCGUCCCGCUCGCCGUGACAAACUUCAUCUACCACCAGCGCAAUCUCGCCACAGCCGCCGGUGUCGGAGUCGUACGGCCCAAUGCUGACACGGUCUACUCUGGCAUCUUCGUCGACGUCUCCGCCGCUGAUCUGGAGGUGACCCUGCCGGAGAUCAAGGACCGAUACUGGGUGUUUCCCUUUUACGACUUAUACGGCAACAAUAUUGGCAACAUUGGCAGCAUCAACAACGACACUGCCGGCAAGUAUAUCAUCAAGUACAAGCCAGACGACUACGGCGUCAAGUACGACAAUGUGCCGGACGGCUACGUGGCGCAGAUCAACCUGGCCGCUCCUUACGGGCUCGUGAUCCAGCGGAUCCUCGUCACAGAUGACCCAGACGAUAUUCAGAAGGUUCGCGACAUCCAAGACCAGAUCAAGACGCUGGUCUUGCCUCGCCUGGAGCUGCCAGUGGCACCCCCAUGGAUCCUCUCCAUGUUCAGUGACCCGCGAUAUCUCGCCUCCGCGACCAACCCGCUCCCGCUUGCCAUCCUCCGCCUCACGGCUGCCUUGGCUGAGUGGCAGCAGCCCAUCGUCGCAGGGGAUCGCCCAUGGGUGGCUAGCCUGCUCAAAGCAGCAGGUAUCGAGCACGGCGUCUACACUAAGCCGGAGAGCGCCAAUCUGACUAUCGCCGUGGCCGCUGCGAACCAGUCCAGACAGGCUUAUGCUGCCCAGCCCGGAGCAGUCAAGGACAUGGGUCACAACUGGACAAUCUUCAACGACGUCGGCAACUUCUUGUCCCACUACGUCCUGCGCUACAUCAUUGCUCAGGUCGGGUACCUUAUUCUCGGCCCCGACCAGGCAAUCUAUCCGUUCUACCCCAACAUCGACCUGCCGCUUGGCAAAGCAGCCAUCCUCACCUUCUCGGCCAAGCCCAAGAUCACGCCAGGCGGCUUCUGGAGCUUGACGGCGUACGACAGCGAGGGGUUCCUGGUGAAGAACAGCCUGAACCGCUAUGCAGUGGGUGACCACCGUGGCAAUCUCACCUUUCCCGACGGCACACCUCUGUCGGAUGCUGCGGUCGACGGGCCGUUCAAGAUUCUUCUGCAGGCAUCCAACGUUAAUCCGCCCGCCAACUGGACGAGCAACUGGCUGCCCGUGUCCGAAGCAGGCGGCAUCGCCCAGGUGACUCUUCGCUGGUAUGGUGGCGAGCCGAUCAUGAACGAGGUUGGGGGUUACGACUACCCGACAUUGGAGAUUGUGGAUGCGCUGCAGGCGUAGAAAUUGUAAUGCGCAGGCAGUAUAGCGAAUGGCAUCCCAUAAGAGCUCUG